ACGCUCGACGCUCGCACGCCUCACAAGCCGUAGUAGCUCAGGGUGCGCCUCUCUUUGCUAGGCCAAAGCAAAGCACGAUGGGUGAGAUCGGUACGGACGACCGCGGUCUGGCCGAGCCCAUGGGCGCCGUCAAGGAGGAGGGCAUCCUCGACGACGACGACGAGGACGCGUCGCCGGUCGAGCAGGUGCGGCUGACGGUGCCGACGACGGACGACCCGUCGCUGCCGGUGUGGACGUUCCGGAUGUGGAGCAUCGGGCUGCUGUCGUGCGCGCUCAUGAGCUUCCUCAACCAGUUCUUCGCGUACCGGACGGAGCCUCUCGUCGUGACGCAGAUCACGGUGCAGGUGGCGUCGCUGCCCGUGGGCCACUUCUUGGCCCGGGUGCUGCCGCGCACCAGGUUCCGGGCGCCGGCGAUGCUUGGCGGCGGGGAGUGGAGCCUCAACCCGGGGCCCUUCAACAUCAAGGAGCACGUGCUCAUCUCCAUCUUCGCCAACGCCGGCUUCGCCUUCGGCGUUGGGAGCGCCUACGCCGUCGGCAUCAUCAACAUCAUCCGCGCCUUCUACCAACGCCAAAUCUCCUUCUUCACCGCCUGGCUCCUCGUCAUCACCACGCAGGUGCUUGGGUAUGGAUGGGCAGGGCUGAUGCGCAAGUAUGUGGUGGAACCGGCGCACAUGUGGUGGCCGAGCACGCUCGUCCAGGUCUCCCUCUUCCGGGCAUUGCACGAGAAGGAUGAAUCCGCCAAAGCCUCACGCCAGAUCUCGCGUUCCAAGUUCUUCCUGGUGGUGCUCAUCUGUAGCUUCGCAUGGUACGUCGUGCCAGGCUACCUCUUCCCGACAUUGACCUCCAUCUCAUGGGUGUGUUGGGUCUUCUCUAAGUCCGUGACAGCGCAACAACUGGGAUCGGGUAUGCUAGGUCUUGGUCUUGGCGCCUUCACACUCGAUUGGUCCACCGUCUCCUCCUACCUCUACAGUCCACUUAUCUCACCCUUCUUCGCCACCGCCAACAUCUUCUUUGGCUAUGUGUUCUUUCUCUAUGUGAUCUUGCCUAUAUCAUAUUGGGGGUUUAACCUAUACAACGCCAAGACAUUCCCCAUCUUCUCCUCACACUUGUUCAUGUCAAAUGGCACGGAGUACAACAUCCCAUCAAUUGUGAAUAGUCAGUUUCAGCUUGACAAGGACACAUAUGAUAAAAAUGGCAAAAUCAAUCUCAGCGUAUUCUUUGCAGUCGGUUAUGGGUUCAGCUUCGCCACCAUUGCGGCCACCAUCACACAUGUCGGGCUCUUCUAUGGAAAAGAAAUCUACCAACGUUUUAAAUCAUCGCAGAAGGAGAAACCUGAUGUCCACACAAAGCUUAUGAACAAGUAUAGUGACAUCCCAGCGUGGUGGUUUCAUUCGCUAAUGGCUCUAUCAAUUGCAGUGGCCCUCCUCCUUUGUACUGUACUGAACCACGAGGUCCAGCUCCAAUGGUGGGGCCUCAUCUUCGCGUGUGGCAUGGCAUUCAUCUUCACCCUUCCCAUCAGCAUCAUCACUGCGACAACCAACCAGUCACCUGGUCUGAAUGUGAUCACUGAGUAUAUCAUGGGUUUGAUUAAGCCGGGCUAUCCCAUUGCUAAUGUAUGCUUCAAGACCUAUGGCUACAUGAGUAUGCAACAGGCAGUUGCCUUCCUCUCCGACUUCAAGCUUGGCCACUAUAUGAAGAUCCCUCCCAAGUCCAUGUUCCUUGUUCAGUUUGUUGGUACCAUUGUGGCCGGCACUGUCAACAUUGGGACAGCAUGGUGGCUGCUCGGCUCCAUCCACGGCAUCUGCUCGGAUUCACUCCCAGCAGACAGCCCUUGGACAUGUCCUAGUGAUCGUGUAUUCUUCGACGCAUCAGUCAUUUGGGGCCUUGUCGGUCCAAGACGCAUCUUUGGUCCAGAAGGGAACUAUGGUGCCCUCAACUGGUUCUUCCUCAUCGGCCUAGCAGGCCCGGUUAUCGUAUAUGCUUUCCAUAGGAUGUUCCCCAACCAGAAGUGGAUACCAUUGAUCAAUCUUCCGGUGCUCUUUGGUGCAACAGCUGCCAUGCCACCAGCAACGGCUGUGAACUAUAACUCAUGGCUGCUUUUUGGCACGAUCUUCAAUUUCUUUGUGUUCCGGUACCGAAAGAUGUGGUGGACACGAUACAAUUACAUUCUCUCCGCUGCCCUUGAUGCCGGAGUUGCAUUCAUGGGGGUGGUGCUGUACUUUUCGCUGACCAUGGAGAACAAGAGUAUCGAUUGGUGGGGCACUGCAGGAGAACAUUGCCCUCUUGCAAAGUGUCCUACCGCUAAAGGAGUGGACUUGGGUGAUGGCAUCUGCCCAGUAUUCUAAGCUUGGAGUUUAAUGUCUUAAGGUACAGAUGCAAGUUAAGCAAUGAUCAAUUGCAGUUACAUUGCCAUAGAUUUGUGGUAUACAUAUGUGGUGUGUAAUGCAACUUCUCCUAUGUAAAGGUUAUAUUCUCAUGUAUAGGUUGAUCAUUUCGGCAAUGCAAGGCAUGCUAGUUCAUGAAAUGCUAUAAUUUUAC